AUGGAUGAAAACCACGAUAACGUCGCCAUCAGCACGUUCAAAAGUGGUCUCCCUACCGAGCACAGCUUAAGGAAAUCUCUAACUGGUAAACCCGUCACCAGCGUUCGCCAACUGAUGGACAGGAUUGACAAAUAUAAAAGGGUGGAAGAGGACCAGCUACAAGGGAAAGGAAAUGAGAAGAUCAUCCCCCCCAAAGGGAGUGAUUACAGGUCGGAACAAUAUAACAGUAACCAGCCGAGGAGGGAUUUUUCGAGACAGGCUGGACAAACCAACAUGCAAACAGUUAAUACCAUAUUCAGAGAGCCGGUGCAACAAGUCCUGAAGAAAGUAAAAAAUGAGCCUUUCUUCAAAUGGCCGAGAAAGUUACGUCACCUUUUACACCACUCCAACGGUCAUCUGGGCCAAGCAGUUCAAGAGCCUCGGAAAGAUGUAUCUUUGAGACCUCCCAUGGGGACGAUACACGUCAUCCUUGCCACCCCAGGAAGAACCGGCGUUUUUCCCUCUGGGGUACUAUCCGUGGCUCGGCUCCCCGUCGAGGAUGGUGAAAGGGAGUCCAAAAGAUCUAAAAAGGGAAACUUACUAAUAUUGGGGUUCUCGGAUGAGGAUAAGGGGGAAACUAUCCAACCUUAUGAAGAUGCUUUAGUGGUUACAUUGAGGAUUUGA